CCCCGAGCCACCAGCCUGCGACUCACCGUCGCCAAGAGUGCUCGGAUCAUCAGAAUCAUCGGUAUCAUCACCCUCACCGGCCAUUGUGCCAUGUGCUUGACGACCUGCUCCAAAGCGCCUGCGAUCCUGCGCUGCUCAACCAGGAUCAAGCUCAGGAAGUCCGCACUGGUCUUGGGAAUCUGGGUGGGAACUCCCAUUGGAGUACCCGUAUGGGCAGCGGUACGGCGGCGGGUCGCGAGCUCGAGAUUGAAUUGGCGCUGGCAACGCGCAAGCUUGGCGCCAGCACCCAGCACAGUAGCACUGAUCCUGGGAUUGUUGGAAUUUGACACAGCAGUGUCAUACUUGACCCGAAGGCGAUACAGCCGGUUGAGCUUGCUAACUAUAUCCCUAGGAACCUACAAAAAUGUUAGCAAAAAUCUAAAUGUCUAGAAAAACCAAGGGGAAAGUUACUAGGAAGCAACCGCCACGAUUGCCCUUGACACAAUGGCCACAGCGCUUCUGUUUAGGCUUCUUGCAAAGCUUUUUGCCAGUAGCUACGUUUUGUGCGCAGCGCAGGCAAGUCGGCGUGGUAGCCACCUCUGACACGCGCUUGUCGCGCUCGCUCCACUCGUAAGGAUCGGCCUUCUUAAGGA